UAAUAAAUGGAUCUAACUUUUUUACUCUAGGUAACAUCAGCAAUUGGUAGUGCCUCGGCAUCGCUAAGGAUGGGCACUUCAAGGGUCACUUUCAAAAUAAAGGGAACUACACUUCCAGGUGAAGUGUUUGCAGUAUGUGGGAAUUCAACUGCGCUUGGCAAUUGGUCUUGUCAGAAAGCCUUGUUUCUCGAUCCCACGGCAGAUGAUGAAAUAACAUGGACUGCAACAGUUAAUCUUCCAAGAGCCAUUCGUUUCAAAUAUCGAUACUUCAAAUGUUAUUUUAUUGAACCCAAGAACCCUGCUGAUCUUCGGCAAGUGCUAGUCAACAAGUGGGAGACUCAUCCUCAUCCACGAUCAUUUAAUCCGUCGGGAAAAGAGUGCAUAUUGGAUGAUGGAAACUUUGGGAUCCACAAUGACAUUGAGAAAUUGGAUUCUGGCUGGUUAACAUGCCAAAGUGAAAUUCGCUUGAGGUUGCACUAUUCUGAAAAACCUCCAGUUUCCAUAUCCAAAAAGAAGUUCAAGAAAUCAAGAUUUAGGGUGAAGUUGACAUUGGAGGGAUUUGAAGAAGAGGGUGAAGAAGGUGAAGAUGAUGACAAACCUGUGACUAUCUUAGCUGAGAAAAUCGCCAAUACUUUAGAAAUUGCCUUAAUCAGCAACAAUGGAUACAGGUCACGUCACUCUCAGCCAGAAUGUGGCUAUGCCUUGGAACCUGGCCAGUGGACAGAGUAUAGCAUUCAAACUAUGGAGCCAGAUAACCUGGAGCUAAUUUUUGACUUCUUUGAGGAAGAGUUGGGCGUAGCAGUGGUGCAAGGUGACCCACUCCCUGGUCAUGUCGGCUCUGCCUGUCUUCUCUCUUCAACAAUAGUAGAGAAGUCCAGUGGACUUAUCACGCUUCCUAUCAUGAGCAGAAAUUCGAGAAAGACUCUUGGGAAAGUAAAAGUUGACUACAUCGUUAUUAAGCCCAUGGAAGGGUUUAUUUGUGAUAUGUCUCCUUCACUGUCCAAGUACUGGAAACCAAGAAUGCCCUUGGAUGUUGGACACAGAGGUUCCGUAAACUCAACAUCAGCAACCCUCGCAAAGGUCAGAGAAAACACAAUAGCUUCCUUUAAAAAUGCCGCUAGUCACGGUGCUGGCUUUGUAGAAUUCGAUGUACAUCUUUCAAAGGACCACGUUCCAAUUGUAUACCAUGAUCUCACCUGUUGUAUAUCAAUGAAAAAGAAAAUGGACAAAGAAUCUUCAGAAUUAUUUGAAAUUCCAGUAAAGGAGCUUACAUUUGAACAGUUACAAUUAUUAAAGUUGGCUCAUGUGGCUGCUUUGAAGGUGAAUGAUGAUAAAGAAAAUUUGGAUGACGAAAAUGAUGUUUCAGAAAACCAGCCAUUUCCUUCCUUGCAGCAGGUUUUAUUAUGUGUGCCUGAGAAUAUUGGAUACAACAUUGAAAUUAAAUGGCCCUAUCAACAUAAGGAUGGUGUGUGGGAGGACAACUUGCCAACAUAUAUGGAUAUGAAUAAAGCCAUUGAUAUAAUCUUAAAAUGUACUUUGGAAAAUGCUUCUAAUCGAAGAAUAGUGUUCUCCUCAUUCGUUGCUGAUGUCUGCUCUAUGAUCAGGCAGAAGCAAAACAAGUAUCCAGUUCUUUUCUUGACCCAAGGCUGUACUAAUAGCUAUCCAGAGUUUAUGGAUCUCCGCUGUCGAACCACGCCAAUUGCAAUGAGUUUUGCACAGUCAGAAAACCUUCUGGGAGUCAAUGUUCAUACAGAGGACUUGUUGCGAAAUCCAGAUUAUGUUCAACAAGCUAAAUCAAAAGAUUUGGUCAUUUUUUGCUGGGGUAAUGACACCAAUGAGUCAGAAAAUAGGAGAAUAUUGAAACAGAAAGGAAUUGAUGGCCUAAUCUAUGACAGGAUCUGUGACUUUAUUCUGGGGCAGACCGAUUUCUUCGAAGUUGGGGAAUUAGAUGAACUGACGCAACAGUUGCCAGACGAAGCCUUUGUCGAUUGCUCUUGUUCUGAUAUCAACCACUUUGCCUGCCAGUCAGUUCCAGAGAGCAUCGUCAGUGGAAUCUCCUAUCCAAGUGAAAUUAAAAGCAGUGAGCAGGAAAUGUACAGUACAGAAUCGGACUCUGGGCAAAGCUGCAGUUCAUUUUGAUCCCCUCUUCACUUUGCUUCUUCCAUCUUCUGAUGUUACCGAUUUUUAUUUUUUUUCCUUUGAAACGACAUGAACAAUAACCUAGAUUCUUUAAUUUUUCACGUCAAUUUGGUUAAAAGAAACAUUUGCUGCAGAUAUGUUUGUUUAGAGGGGGAUGCUUAUUAUUUUGUAUAUAUUUUGUGCCAUAUAAAAGUCCAGGAGGGUGAGCAUUUCGGCAUUGGUUCAUUGGGUUAGAGUUCAUAUUGCAGGUUUGUAUUAAUGCUAUUAACUUUUAUUUGGGCAUGGAUUUCACAUAUGCACAUGAUGCUUCAUUUCAGGAAGAAAACAGUUUCCGUAGAAGGUGACUGAUGGAAAAUGAAGUGAUCUAUUUUACAAUUCAAGAAUACAUGCCUCAUUAUGUAAUAAACACUUACUAUAACAUUUUUAUAAAAUGGAUGGUAGUUACAUAUGAUUCUUUUGACAUCUGAUCAAAAGAUAUAAAGAAUUAUCGUCUAGGUGUCAAAUGUUAGAUCGAGUUAUUUUUGCAAUGGCGAUUCCUGAUUUCCAAUACUCUUGCAAACAGAAGUCUUAAUGUUAAAUUAUUUGCUUUCAAGUGUCAUGUGCUGACUAUUCUCACUCACUGUACAGUAAAUCGGGUAUUACUUUCAAUAUUUUAUCUCUAUGUAUAAAUGAUCUUGAUCUUAAUACAAUGGAGGAACACAAUUAUGUAAUCUAUGGAUAUAUCAAUCGCAUGAUUGAAAGGAUAUAGUUGAAACGUCAUGGAGGAAAUGCCAAUUGUAGCACAGACACCACAAGUUCUAGCUCUAGAUGGGUACAACUGUGAUUACACUCCACCAACUGAUAUAUAGUAAAUUUGCUUUUUAAAAAAAUUAUGUUUUGGGAAUUAUAACAAGCAUGCGACUUAUGUCCAUCUAAAUUUAGAAAUGUUAUGGAAUGGAAUCAGAAAUUGAAAUUUGACGUUCCGAUUUAGCAUCUCUGUAUUGAACUGAGAUUCAGCACUCUAUAAUCAUGUGGCCUGAUGCAUGUUGAAUCUUGUAGUCUUGAGUAUAUUGUAGGACUCUUAGUGUGUAUUCUACCAUUGAGUUAAAUUGGAAUUUUGCAAAUCUGAUAAUCUCUAUAUUGUGUAAAUAAAAGUGGUUUUGUUUGACUUCCUGUUACAGUCAGUAUGGGAAGUGAACGGAGAACAAAACUUGAGCAACUUGAUCACCUCAUUUGUUCCAAAAAUUUGAUUUGCACUUUAACUCCUUUUUACCUCUAUUUUGAAAUUAACUAUUGUUGAGUCCUUAUUUAAGUGAAGAUGUCUCUGCAAAUGUUUUUUAACUUGGCAGUUGUCUCUUCCUUUGUGACCCUUCAACAGAGAUGGGGGUUCACUCUUUGCUUAACAUUUAGGGUAUUUGCAGUAUUAUAGUAAUAUAUAACACAAGGAUUAAGGUGCUGUUGUUCUGCAGUAAUUAUGAUCUCCUUUGAAUUGGUUUGGCAUUGUCAUUGUGUCAAAAGGGCUUUGCAUCUCUCCAGGGUUUCAGCUGGUCAAUAUUGCUCAUAUACUGCUUUAAUGUUGAAUACGUUUAUUUGCCAAGUAUGUACACAUACAAGGAAUUUUAGAGACUGCAUUUUGAUUUAAUUUGAGUGUCCAUGUAACCUCUGAAUUGUAUUUUUCAAUAUCUAAGUCAACCGUUACAGUUUAAGAUAACACAACUGAAAUUCAUAACUUGCAUGUGCAAACUCGGGUAAAGAAAUCUAUGGCUAUUGCAGAAGUCAAUAUUCAAUCUUAAAGAAAUUAUAAACCUUGUUUCACCAAA